AUGUUGACUGAAAACUUCCAUAUAAAAGGUGCUCAGAUUAUGUUAUUCGUGAAAAGUUGUUCUUCGUCGAAAUACCGUGAGAUCUUGGGAGCCCCAGCUCUCUACUUCUUGUUCUGUCUCCCGUUUUGCUACACCGCUUUCAAAAAGAACCAACAUGCUUAUUCAGAAAGUCCAUUCCGCCCACUGAUCGUGUUUGCCUACCGUACCAUCAUGUAUUUGUACACCGCGCUUUUUGUGGUUAUCUUUAUCGCCGUAGUCAUCCGAGGAGUUACAAGUUUCUAUCUCUCAUUCUUUUUAAUCGCCUUGCUCGUUGGCCCUUUUAUUAUUCUCCUCAACUGGUUCAGUGCAUCAUACCAGCUUACUAUUUCUAUAAUUUACAUCCAUAGAGUUAUAAAUAGUCAUCGUUCCUUACAACUCCGCAAGCAACUGUCCCAUCGCCAAGUACAGGUUUUGACAUAUGGGAUCUUUGGCUUAAUAGUCUUAAAGGACUUUGAAACGAGUCGUCGAGUGGCAGCUGUUUCAAAGGCCGGAAAUCUUGAUACCUUUGAAACUCCCGUAAUGUAUUACAAGAUCACCUACAUUGUCCAUCAAGUAUUUGUAUUCAUUGCGAUGGCCUGCCAACUUUGUAUCAAGGAAUCAGCGAGCUCUCGUUCUGAAAAUGUCAUUGCAACCCACACGAAAUAUAUUGGUGCUAUCAAACUUGGCCUAGGUAUUAUAUAUGCUGUUCGUCCACUUUUCGAAUACAAUGAGUUUUGGGCCUCCACAUUAUUCUUUGCAAUCGACUUCUUCCUUGUUCCCGUGGUUAUUCAAAUGACUGAAAUCACAAAUGCAGCUCCAAAUGUAAUUACUACUGUUCCUAUCUCUCUUCCGGUUAUUGAUGUUCAGAAAAUUAAUUUUGAUUUUAACUUGAAUUGA